GUUUAAUCAUUUUCUUGCUAAACAAAUACUAUAUAGUAUAUACUAAAAAGAAAAAGAAAAACGAGUAUAAGAAAUGUAAAAGUCUUCAUAUAUACUAGAAUCAUAUAAUUCAAAGGAAAUACCGAGAGAGAGAGAGAGAGAGAGCAGAGAAAUGGAGAAGGAAAGAGAGAAACAGGUUUACUUGGCUAGGCUGGCUGAGCAAGCUGAGAGAUAUGAUGAAAUGGUAGAAGCAAUGAAGACGGUUGCUAAGAUGGAUGUUGAACUGACUGUUGAGGAGAGGAAUUUGGUGUCAGUUGGGUAUAAGAAUGUUAUUGGAGCAAGAAGGGCUUCAUGGCGGAUAUUGUCUUCAAUUGAACAAAAGGAGGAGAGUAAGGGUCAUGACCAGAAUGUUAAGAGAAUAAAGACUUACCAACAGAGGGUUGAAGAUGAGCUUACAAAAAUAUGCAUUGACAUUUUGUCGGUGAUUGAUGAGCACCUUGUUCCUUCUUCCACUACCNCAUUUUUUCUUUUCUUUUGUCUGAAGGGAGAUUACUAUCGCUAUUUAGCAGAGUUCAAAUCAGGGGAUGAUCGUAAAGAGGCAGCUGAUCAGUCACUUAAAGCUUAUGAGGCUGCUACUGCCACAGCUAGCGCAGAUCUUGCUCCUACUCACCCAAUUAGACUUGGACUUGCAUUGAACUUCUCAGUCUUCUACUAUGAGAUUCUGAAUUCACCCGAGAGGGCAUGCCACUUGGCCAAGCAAGCAUUUGAUGAAGCUAUUGCGGAACUUGAUAGCCUUAGUGAAGAAUCCUACAAGGACAGCACCCUUAUCAUGCAGCUCCUAAGGGAUAAUCUCACUUUGUGGACCUCAGACCUUGAAGAGGGAGGUGAACAUUCUAAGGGUGAUGAGCGUCAAGGGGAGAACUAGCUGAAGUAUAAUAGGAGACAAAUCUUUGUGAUGCUGGCUGGUCGGAGACAUGUCAAGCUUGUGGAAAAUCUUGGUUUUCAUAUAAUGUUCAGAGAUUCAUGCCUAUUGGCUUGUAUUUCAUCCUGCAUACAUAAACAUUCCCAGAGUACUUUUCAUUUUCAGUUAAAAAUUGAUUCUCCUUUUGCAUGA